UGGACGAGGAAACGAGCGGGGAGGGAAAGGAGCGAUACAGGAAGGCAUUGCAGAGCUUUGCGAAAGAAUUCGGACAGGGUGUACGACAGCAAAGAACAAGAGGGAAGACCAAAGAAAGAGCUGGUACACUUCCACUUGCAUGCUCUGAGUAUGUUCAGAAGGAAUGCGUCGGCACACGGAGAAGUCGAUCUCCUGAGAGAGGUUCAAGCGAGUGAAGUACAAACUACAGUUCAAGACGCAGCCGAAGAAUAUGAGAUUAUCUAUUCAAAAGGCGACGUAGUUGCUCUCAAGCACAAAUACAAG